GUUGUUCUGAAAUUACUUUACUUGGGUGGGGUUGGAUUUAAAACUACGAUGUUUGAAAUAGAAAAACAAAUCAUCCUUUUUAUUUUUAGUUUCUUCAUUUUAUUUGUACACGUUUGUAGAGGCAUAGAGGGGGAAACAGUAUCUUGGUGUACCGUAAGUCAUGUGGAAUUUCAAAAAUGCAAAGAUUUUGCUGAUGCUAUUAGAAAUAGUUACAAAUUUGAUGUACAACUUGAAUGCAGAAGAGGAGAAGACAAAAACCUUUGUAUGAAUAUGAUAGAUGGAGGUCGUGCUAACCUCAUGACAUUAGAUGCGGGUGAGGUUUACGUGGCUGGCCGUUUCCACAGCCUUGUUCCUAUUUUGAGCGAGCGAUAUGGUGCAGAAAAAACUGCUGGAUUCUAUGCUGUGGCAGUUAUUCACACACGUUCUACGAUUGAAAGUUUGGAAGACUUGCGAGACAAGAAAGCAUGCUUUACCGGUGUCGGGCAGAUGGCCGGUUGGAUCAUCCCCAUGGCAACACUGAUCGAAACAGAAGUUCUAGCAAUCACCGAUUGUAACAACAUAAUAAAAACUGCUGCUGAAUUUUUUAACGACAGUUGUGCACCGAAUUCCCUUAUCGACAAAUACAAUCCAACUGGCGACAACCCACAGAAGAUGUGUAACUUAUGUGCGACACAAAAGGGAGAUCGUUGCUCUGGAAGUGACCCCUAUGUUGAGUUUGGAGGAGCCUUUUCUUGUUUUGUUAACAAAGGAGACGUUGCUUUUCUAAAACAUACAACGGUAGAAGAAGAAUUAGCCAAACCGAAGUACCAGCAACUCUCCAUGUCGCAGUUCCGUUUACUUUGUCCUCAUGGUGGAACCAGAUCCAUCAGAGACUACAACUCUUGUAACUGGGGGUUUGUACCUUCUCAUGCUGUUGUGACCAGUUCUGCUGCUCUUCCCGAAACACGGAAAAUGUAUCAGAAGUUUUUGAUGAAAGCAGCCGAGGUUUUUCACAAUAACAAUAGGUUCUCUGGGAAUAGAAACAGAUAUAAUAUCACCAAUGCAACUGUCCCUCCAUAUAUAGGAAGUGAUACAUUUGGUUCAAUCAAUGAGUUUAAUGAUGAAACCUUUUAUUUGUUUGGAAGAAGUAGGACGUACGAUUACGUAGAAAACCUGAUGUUUCAAGAUGAAACAAGUGACUUGGCUCCAGUGGAAGGAAACAGACAGACCUUUACUGGAUAUUUGGGUGAGAGCAAAUUUACUGUAGAAGAUUUUAUGAAUGUCGCGUCUACAAAAUCAAUAGAGAGCUUGUUAUCUGAGAAAAACAAGUACAACCUGAUUCCAAUUGUGGCAGAACAGUACAACUUGGACGACACAUACUAUUAUGUUGUUGCAGUGGCGCAGCAGCCUGAUAAAGAAACAGACCUUUUGUACUUAAAAGGUAAGAGAUCUUGCCAUACAGGAAUUGGGAUGGCGGCAGGAUGGGUGGUGCCGUUAAGCUUUCUACUAACCAAUGAAAGAAUGAGAUCAUUUGGGUGCAAUUCAGCCCACGCUGCUGCAGAGUUUUUUCAAAAAAGUUGCGUACCUGGAGCGCUGUCCCGAGAGUACACUGGUGGGUUUUGGAGUUAUGACAAUCUCUGUGAUCUGUGCCACGGAUCCAGCUUUGGUUUUUGCAGUCGAGACUCUUUAGAGCCAUUUUAUGGUCACACGGGAGCAUUCCGGUGCCUCGUGGAAGGAGGAGGAGAAGUAGCCUUCGUGAAGCAUACCACCAUUGUGGAAAACACUGCAGGCAGAAAUCCCCAGUGGUGGUCUCGUAAUGUCAUGCCAGAUGACUUUGAACUUUUAUGUAGGGAUGGCACUCGUGCUGGCUAUGACGAGUACGAAGAAUGCAAUCUCGGCAAGGUGUCCGCAAAUGCUAUUGUUACGAGUGCAGACAAACCGGAGGACAUCAUUGAAGCUUACAUACGGCUGUUUCUGUACGGUCAACAGUUUUAUGGUUCCAAAUACAGUGAAGAGUUUACCUUUAAGAUGUUUGUUUCAGAGUUGGGCCAGAGUGAUCUUAUCUUUCAAGAUGCUACACAACAGUUGAAAGAGAUCCCACCAGAUCAGAGGGACAUUGAUGUCUACCUUGGAAAUGACUUCGUACAGUCUAUGAAAAUUGUAGACUGUACGGCAGGAAGCAGUUCUUUAAGUGUAUCACAUCUCUGGAUGUUCUUUAUUAUCGUCCUUUCUCUACUCUCUCGUACCUAAACUCCACGAGGCUAACUGUGGCUGUUUAAUAAGCUAAAAAUAAAAAUGCUGAAUGCUAAAAAUAGGAUUCCUUCACAUGUUUGUUUUACCAAUUUAUUGUACAUUUUGUGGUUUUUUUUAAACAUACCACGUGUAGUUUCAAACGUUUUAGACGAAAGACCUUUUAGUGUGUUUUUACUAAUUAAUUUUGUAACAAUCAAGUUCUUUUGUACUAAAGAUUAUUGGUUUUAAACUGGAGUACUUUUGUUACUCUGUGGUACAUUCCAGAAGGUUUAGAAAAUAUUUAGCAUUAUGUAUACAUAUUGUAAUUUUUAUUUUUAUACUUCAAACAGACAUUUUAGUUCUAAAUAAGUCAUUUAUGAAUUAGUGCAAAGUUUGAAUUUAUUAUUUACUCUCAUUCCUUGUGCCUGGUACGUGUACAGUUUUCUACUUAAUGAUUGCAAGUUUCAUUCUUGAUGACAUUCUCUAUUUCAUUAAAAGCUAUCUACUUCAUGAAUUUACGUAUGUAUUAUUUUUGAUGUGAGAAACUGUAGAAGUUUGCAUUAAUUUCCUGCAAGGUGAUUAUUUGAAUUAACCUUUCUUUUUUUUAUGAUCUAAACAUUUGUAUAAUGUAGAUUAAGAUAAAUUCUUUAUCAAAAUAUUAUUAAAACUAGGAUGGACAUCACUGAUUUUUUUCAUCAAGAGACUGUAAGAUGGACGUAGGUCAUUAUCAAAAGACUUAAUGUUAAGACUUUAGGAUGGACAUUGGUCAUUUAUUUAAAAUUUUGUUUUAACUAGGUUACUUGGUGCUGUUUAGGCACUGAAACAAAGGUAUUUUUCGACCGUUAUUAUUACUAUUAUGCUACAUUCCAUUAUAUAAACAUAAGCUAGUAGAGAGUCCAGUAUAUAGAUCUCAGUACAUGUAAGUCAAACAGUGUACACGUUACUGCAUGUUACAAAAUACACAUUUGCCUGUAGUAUCGAAACUUGUAGGGAAUGGAAUGUCAUUCGUUAUUCACGAGAAAGUGUUUCUUCAAAAAAUAAUACUGUUAAUUUAAAUAUAUUUGAGGUCACUGUAUAUACCAUUCUAAUAGUAGUUAAUUGUUAAUAAUUUAGUUUUCUAAGUAUGUGUGAAGAACAGAUACAGUUAUUCUCAUAUGAAGACCCAUUUAGGACUGGUAUUUUGAUGCACGAGUAGUCUUAACUCAUGAGAGAUGCGUGUAUCUAACUUUUUUAAUGAAUUAUAAGCUUAAUAAAAAUUUUAAUAUGUUGCUUUAACCUCGUCUGUUUAUGUGCAACUAACAGCUUUAAAAGUAUAUUUACUGCUUUGAUUAAUCUUUUAAUGGCUACUCUUUGUGACUUAGGGAGAGUAAUUUUUUUUUUCUGAAUUCUCAAACAGUGAAUCUGAUUUUAAUCUCUCAGUUAAAUAUAGUUAUUCAAUUUCAUAUAGCUUAUAUUUAUAAGUCUUUUUAUUGGAUCUGCAGUUUUAAAAGAAUGAAUUGUAUUUUUAUUUAUGGAUGUUUGAGUCUAAUGGGUAGUUUAUUUGAUGUAAAACUGAGGUGAAGGUACUCCGUCCGUGUACUACUGGGCUGUUGUUUUUUGUUAUCAAAAUACAUAUAUUUAUAUACAUUUUAAUACUUUGAGCACUCAGGGUGGUGGUUAUACAGCAAGUAACUUUAAAUAAUGAUAUUUUAUGAUCUUGUGUGUAUAAAUAAAAAGUUGUCUUUACAAUGUAGAGAGAUAACUAUAUAUUUUUGCAAAGUUUACUUUAUAGAACACACUUGCAAUUCAUAGUCGUUGUUAUAUGUAUUUUUUGUGUUACUUUUUUUUAUUAAUGUGUUUUCGACCAUAAUCAUGAACAAACAAACUUGUAAUGUUGGCAUUUUGAAAAUAA